ACACUCUCUCGCGCCCAGUGGUGGAAGUGAACGUCCCCGAGCGCACACGGGGUAAAGGAGAGUACCGCGCACGAGUCAGUGGAAGGGUCGUAACGGUUUUCUUUUUGCUCCCUCUCCACUUAAAUAACAAGAACCAAACAAACCUAAAUUUAAGAGGGGCUUGCGGCGUACUCUGCUCUCAAGGAGAAGGGAAGCGAGGGAUUGGAGCAGCAAGUUUAUUUUUUUCUUUUUGUUGUUGCCUUCAAAGAGGAUUUUGUGUUUUCACGGUGGUUUGUUCUCCGCUCUCGCCGCAAAGAUGAUGGUCGGAGAGGUCGAAGUGAAGGAGCGACCGAGGCCGAGUCCCGACUAUUUGAUGCAAUUAUUAAACGAAAAGAAGCUUAUGACCAGUUUGCCAAACCUCUGCGGGAUCUUCACACACUUGGAACGGCUUCUGGAUGAAGAGAUCAACAGAGUUCGUAAAGAUAUGUACAGCGACACAGUGAAUGGCCUUGUGGACAGACACCCGCUGGAGCUGCCCGAACCCAUCGGACCCAUCGUUCAUCUGCAGGAGAAACUGUUUGUGCCUAUCAAAGAGUACCCAGACUAUAACUUUGUGGGAAGAAUUCUCGGUCCCCGGGGACUCACCGCCAAACAGUUGGAAGCAGAGACAGGAUGCAAAAUCAUGGUGCGAGGCAAGAGCUCCAUGAGAGACAAGAAGAAGGAGGAGCAGAACAGAGGGAAACCUAACUGGGAACACCUAAAUGAAGACUUACACGUCCUAAUCACUGUGGAAGACACACAGAACAGAGCUGAGAUCAAGAUGAGGAGAGCGGUGGAGGAAGUCAGGAAGCUCCUUGUACCAGCCGCGGAAGGAGAAGACAACUUGAAGAAGAUGCAGCUAAUGGAGCUAGCUAUUCUCAACGGGACGUAUAGAGACAACAACAUCAAAGCCCCCCCCCUUGCGUUCUCUCUUGCAGCGGCAGCAGCGGCUGCGCAGGGUCCGCGCCUCAUAGCGGCCCCCGCAGGUCAGGUGUUGCCUCCCCAAGCUCUCCGGCCUCCAACGCCAGCCGGAGCUCCCAUCAUGAACAUCAUCCGGCCUACUCAGAUGGCUGCCAUGCUGCCCAAUGGCACUCCCACAUUGGUGCCUUCCACACCAGACGCCGGGCUCAUCUACACCACCCCUUAUGACUACCCCUAUGCCUUGGCACCCACCUCGCUGCUGGAGUACCCCAUCGAGCACAGUGGGGUUCUAGGUAAGAGAGCCUGGGGGAGCUUGGGUGCAGCAGGUACAGCGGCCACCUUUAGCCAACCUGGACAGGAGGGCAGCUUGUUUUACCCCGGAGCUGGGGUGCUGGAUGCAGCUUCCUUGAGCCACAGUCAGGACAUGUUGAAAGGUGCAAUGGCUACUAAAGUGAGACGGCAUGACACGCGGGUCCAUCCUUACCAAAGGAUUGUGACCGCUGACAGAGCCGCCACCGGCAACUAACACAUGACCUUCUGACCUCUGAACUCUUCACCCAAUGACGAGCCGCCCCAAGCCUGCCUGCUGAUCAGUUAACUGGUAAUUGCCUUUUGCUAGCCUCUCGGACGCAAGUGACAGAGAGAGGCGCCUGCCCGUACAGUUACCCUAACACGUUCUGACAAAAAGAUAAAAAAAACAAACCAACGCAGAAUCUUCACUGAAACACAACGUCAACAAAAAUAACUUAAGUUGUGUAUUAUUCAUUUUUUUCCUCUGUUCAUUAGUUCAGUUCCCAUUCUUUCUCUUUCUUUUUCUUCAUAAAUCAUAUACUGGGUGGAUGUGUUUGUGUUACUCAGAAAUCUGCACUGAAUUAUAUAGCAAUAAAGCCCCGCCCACCCGUGUUCGUUUGACUGCUCUGAUUGGUGACAUCACUUGCUUUGGUCGACGUUCAACAACGCGACGCAAACCAUUUGGUUUUCAGCGUGGUAACCAUAAGAUUAAUCAUCCUCAACCACCCGCCACCCCAAACGUAAACAUGACCUGUAGGAGCACCCGGCUGCUCCCGCCCUCCUCAAACACCCACCCAUGUGAGAGAAAAAGAACGGGAAGGGAAGGGAACGUCCACUUACAUUAACUUGUUUGAUUUCUGUCAUUUUUCACAUGUAUUUGAGUUGAGCUCUACAUAUGUAAUUAUGAGCUGACACAUUCUGGGUGUGCCCCUCUAAACGGCUUUCUGUCUGUUUUACGAAAAGCAUGGCUGAAAUGAUAGCAGAAGGAGCUUUUUAUGAUUUAUAUGUUGCUGUUUUUUUUCCCUUCUGUCUCGAUUUUUAUGUUUUGCUUUUUAGUUUUGUUUUUGUUUUGUUUUUUUCACUUUUUUUGUUCAUGUGUAACAAAUUAUCUUAAGGGGCUAAAAAAAGCAGGUGGUUAUCUCUAAAAGUCAGAACAUCGUCUAGUGUUAAAGGCAGAGAUGAAAAAGUACAGGAAACAAGAUGGGAGGGUCAUUGUUUUGGGCUGAUGGGUCCGUGCGUGCGUGCGUGCGUGUGCGUGUGUGUGUGUGUGUGUGUGUGUGUGUUUCAAAAAAUACUACAAUGAAAGUAGGGUGUGCUGAGGCUUCGGGGACACAGCGGCAGUGCUUAUUAGCGACUGGCCAUUGCUACGCCCCCAUCCACACUACAUCUACUAUCCAGUGCCUGAUGUAUUUAGAAGAACAUCUCAAUGAGUUAGCCGAGCUGUGAUCACAAAGAUUAAAAAUAAAAGUAUUGCGUGCGUUUUUAGCCAAAGGGUUUUCCAGUGAGGUAUAUAUAUCUGCAAUUAUGCAUCUGUCUCGCAGAGGGCUCUCUUUGUGAUUUUAGACUUGGGAAGGGUGUGAACUUUUGGUGCCUGCCUUCAGCUGGAACAGACGCCCUGUCAGCUAGAUUUUCGUUGACCCCUUAUUGCUACAUUAUUUUCUUCCAUGAGGUUAACACAGGAUAUUAACACUAAAUUUUCAUGCUUCUUAAUUCCAGCUUCAUUCUUACAUUGCUGGGGAAGGACACUAAAGUUCUGCAAAUUAAAAAUUUUGUUUAUUGAGUUUUUUCAUCAGCCAAGAUUUUAUUUUAUUGCAUUUUUUUAAUUCAUUUACAAAUUUUGGAAGAACUUUCUUUUAAUGUAUUUCUUGGUUUGAGGUUGGCAUAAUCCGAGCCUUCCUGCAUAGGCAAUUUUUCUUAUUUUACUAAUAGAAUCUAAUACAUGCCAAACAAAAAUUCAAAAAGUGCAUCCACAAUGUGUCACACCUCCCUCUGAUUGUAGUCUAGCUUCUGAGCCCACAGUCCUUUGUUCAACUCUCAAGAAAAUAUAGGAUGUGAAAGCCAUGCCUGCCUGUUCAAAUUGCUUUAUACAUACGUCUUAUAAAUAUAAAUAUAUAAAAAUGUAGAUAUCUGUCAUUGCAUAUGAAAAUACAGAACAAAAAAGUAAGAUAAUUUUACAGGGUGCUGGAGAUUAAAACAUAAAUCAAAAAUCUAUUUUUGGCUAUUUUAGCUUUUGAUACUUGCAGUUAUAAAAUAAAAAAAUAAGAAAAAUUAAAGAAAAAAGUUUCCGACAGUGUAGGAGAAAACAGGCAAACGGAGUGGGUGGGGAAAAGUGCUGUUACCUUCAAAAGAUUUGGAAAGGAAGACCAAAAGACUCAUAACCCUUGGAAAGCUGGUGAGAUCAGAGCGAGACAGAUGCCUAAAAGGAUCAAGUCCAAGUGCCUUAUCAACUUCUGUUUUCUAGUAGUUUUCCAGUUCUGUUUAAAAAAUAUCCAGCACCCACCGAGAUGGCGCAGAGAGGAAUGGCUAGUGUUACACGCUCUGAUGAAUCGAGCUGGGUAGCUGGCGCCGCCGCGUAGCGUUACCCAAGUUAUUCUAUGCAAAAAGAAUAGCAGUCGUUUCGACCAGCUAAAAUAUGUGCCAUGGUUUUGUCUUCCUGAAAUGAUUUUAAUUCUUUUGUUUUCUUUUACCUGAUAACCCUUUACUCUGCUGAAUUAGCAGGUUUUGUUGUUUCUUUUUUUAUUAUUAUAAUAAUUUAGGUUUUAAUGAUGAAAUGAAAUAUUGUCUUGAUUUUUGGUGACUGUACCUAAAUCCCUUCGAACAAAUUGAACUGCCAUUAGCAACCAAGUAUUGUGCCAGAACAUGUUUUUGAUCAUGAGCUGAGAAAAAUACAUAUUUAGGAGAUUGGAUAGAAAAAGUCGGGGGGGCGUUCUACCCCAUUUGGUGGUUUGUUUCAACAACUGCAAACUGAAAACAUCCCUAUGUCUCCAUGUCGACUAGACAACAAACGAUCAGUUCAGUGAUGAUAUGUCUAAUGGACAAAUGAAGCCUUGGAUUAUGAAGUAGGUCUGUUUCAGGCUAAUAGUUUUCAGUUAUUGAAACAGCUGACAGGUUGCUGCUCGAAGGUGAAACUAGAAUGAAUCGGCAAAUUCCCAAAUCCAAUAGAACCCACGGCAGUUGAUUUUUCUAUUCAUAGCUCUUUCAUCAAGCUGUUACACCAAAAGGUCAAUGAUUUUUUUUUCAGUGUUAUUUUAAAUUGUAAUGCAAUAUUAAAGUGGAGCAAGAGAUGGCAAUUCAGCAUUUGACAGUAUUAAGAAAAAUUCCCUCUGCAAUGUUACAACAUGCUGUGUCAUUGUGAAAGGCUGGAUUAGUCCAUCAGGUGAAAGGUGGAAUCUAUACCUACCGUAUUCUCUCUGGCCUGCCUACUACAUGUAUGAUAAUGUAAUUAACAGCCAUUGUUACAGGUUUAUAAUGUAUUUUUCUAAUCUCAUUUUAUAUGUAUAUUAAUCAUGUUUCUGAGUUUUAUCUUUCUUUUAUUGUUUAUUUUUAAACCUACUGCAACUCCCCCUCUGAACAGCCCUUUCCCCCUCCCCCCUUGCCUCUUACAUCUCAAACUGUCUCUUGUGGGGAGUGUCGCCUUUUUCCCUGUUAUAUUUUGUUUUCUUGCCGAUUCCCAGCUUGUUUAACUCAUUAGCUACUUUAUUAGUUUUCUUGUCAUAAGUAUUUUUACAUGCUUGCGUUUAGUUUUCAUGGUGUAUGCUGUUAUUUUUCUUAUUAACCCCUUGGCAUUUAUUUUAAUAAAACAUUCUUAGUAAGAAUUUUACUAACUUGCUGAUAUUUUGUCUUGUGUUUUUAACCAGUUUCAUGAAUGUAUUACCUUGGUCUGGUUCACGGACUAACACAAUUAAAACCAGUGUAUGGCCACAACUUCCACUGACUGACGAGCACAUUUACCAGUAUCUCGCUGGGCUCCAACUUAAAGAGACUAGUUGGAGACACUAAAUUGCAAGAAAAUGCACAGACAAAUGGUUGGAAUCACACUUAAAUGGUAUUUAAGACACAUUUACUUGAGUUGAAACUACAGAUGCGUUAAUUUAGUUGCAUCCAGAAUGCUCGAUUUACUUAAUUUGGUCUCCAGACACAAAUCAGCUUUAUAGAUUCCCAACCCUUGCUAAAUUAACCUCGUAUAUUUUGCACUUUCUUAAUUGCAGAAACUAAAUUGAAAAACAGUUUGAGACCCUCAGAGAAUUCAAAAUUUGUCUUAAAUGCAUCAAACACAACCCUGCAGUUGCACUGAGAAGACCAAGAUUCUUCUUAAAUAUUUCAAGGCAUUUUAAAGUCGAUGCAGGCUUUACUUGCAUGAAUGUAUACAUGCGUCAAACUUGUAUCUCACUAGGUUGUUGAAGACAAAUUAAGAACCCCAUUCACGAGAUUCCCAAGAAUGUUUGCAAGGGUUCUUAAUGUGUUGUGAGUUGCAAGGCCUUGAAUGUUGGAACAUCUGGUUCCGAUCCUCAAUCGCCAGUGAUCAUGGAAUUGUUCAGAUUAGUUUCCGUAAGUCAGAGACUGUUGGACAACUUGUAAGAGUCUGUGAGAAUCAGACUUCCUGUGUGCAACAAACAAGAUACUUCUUGGUUUGUAGUUUAGAAAUACGCAAAUGUGUGAUUACACUUGAAAAUGUGCACAUUUUCUCCCAAUUCUGUCUCCAAUCUAUCGCCAACAGUUGCAACCCAGUAAGACACGAGCCUAAGAAAACGAGACACUAGCACACACAGCCUAACUGGAAACUGCACGAGUUGAGCGUCCCCUCCACCCCCUUCACUCCAGCUCUGACACUUUGUGCUGACCCUCUUCGUACUCGACCGUUCGCCAAUGCUGCUGCUGUGUGUCGUCGCCUCUCCUAGAGACAACUCAGAUAGUUGUCUUGUCCUUUUGUGUCACUGAACCUUGUGAGACAGCAGCAAGUGGGGGAGGGGAUGUAAGCUGCACUCUUCUAGAGGUCACUGGUUACACUUCUGGGUCAACGGUUCUUUCUUGAAAACAACACACCCUGGUGAAAAGUGCGAUGUGUAUGUGGGUGUGCACAUGGGUUAACCUCUAAGUCGAGAACUCCCCGGUCCCUACACAUAAAACCCAAACAGGCUGUCUCCUGCCAUUAGAGCAGCGCUAAUCUCAAUCUGUGCAUAAAUACUUCCCAUUAGUCAUCUCAAAAGGAUUAAUUUUACUGUGAAUAUGUACAGCAGAACAUCCCAUCAGCAUACAUUGUUUUAAAAAGGGAGUUAUUUACAAGUGACACUCGGGGAAAAUUAAUCGCUGCCCUUUUAUCGCGUCUUUUGCCCGUUACACUGGGACAGCAGCGUAACAGUUUUACACCAGCUGCUGCCUGGCAGAUAUUUCUCAACAUUCAUCUUAUUGACGAAACUGAACACUGGACUAUUUGGGAGCAUCUAUAACGCUUAGACACACACCAGUGCACCACGCCAAUGUGAAGUGCUUUGGGAUCAAAACAGCGUUUUUUGUGUAAGUGUUCUUUCAGUUCGCCGCGACUUUUUCUUUUUGGGGAUUUUAUUUACUUUUUGUCUUUUCUCUGAAGCGGAGCCAUUGCUGCUUUUUCAUUCUCCUGUGGGUGCACUCAUCCCUGGGUUCAUUCAGCUUCUCUUCUCUUUCCACUAAUACGCGAUAUUGACACUGACACACAACAAAAAGAUUAACUAUAUUAAUCCUUAUUUUUACUCUAACUUACCAAGAGUUUAUUUUUCUUUCCACGUUAAUUUUUUACAUCUGUAGCGCAAAAACAAGUUGGCCUUAAGUGUUGCUGUUGCUUUAAUGUCUCAGCAAGCACAAAAACAACAAAACUUCAAACCUCACAUCUCUCUUCUCUCUGAAGUUAUGUAAUCACUUUUCUAGCUACAGUUAACAUUUCAGUUUCAGUCUUUGAUCUAAAGUCGGGUGCUUUGUGUUUCCUCGUCACCUGCUUUUUGCUGAGAGAUUGGAUUACAGAGAGGAAAAAAGUUUUUGUUUUUGAGCCUUUAGUGUUCCCUUUGGCUCAUUUGAACACUAAUAAUCAAGUUCUACUCAAAUCCGUCCAGUAAUGGUCAACGUUUUAAACUUUCUUGUGUUAACUUUCUUGUGUUUUGGACAAAAAGGGUUUUUAUAGAGGCACAAACUUGUCUCAUAAAGCACAAUAAACAAUAAAACUGCCUAAAACAUGACAUCUGCAUGUUUAAAAGUGCCUUUUUUCUAUGAAAUUGGGAAAUAACUUAUUUUUUUACUUUUUAAAAUUCCUAAUAAACACUAAAGGCCAUUUCAGGGUUAUGUACAUAUUCUUCUAAACUGGAAAACAUUUUCCACCAUUUUUGUUUGAUCUACUGAUAUUUUCCUUUAUUUUUUAACCUCUAACUGGACCACAGUAUGCAUUAAAACAGCUGUUUGCAUACUGCUGCCAUCUCUGGCAGAGUUCUGUGUUUGCCAAAUUUUUCGCAGGGCAUUCUGAAUAUUCAUGCUACUAACUGGCUUUUCACCCUGUCGGUUUAUUUUCCUUCCGCUUAACAAACAUUCCUCCUUUGAGUCGGGCUGCAGGUUAACCCAACCCGUAUUUGUCUCGAUGAUGCAGCGCUCAGGUGGUUAAACGGUUUAAACGCAGUGAGAAAACCUUAGCCCUUAUUUGUUUUAUUGUUUUGUUGUUUAUGACUGUGAUGAAGAUCCAGGUAAAACUAUUACGUUUUUCCAGAAACUAUACUACGAUGGACUAUAAACUGUAAGUUUUUCAUUCAUUUAGUGUUGCACUAGUAUGUGUAAGAUUUGUUUUUGUGGAGUUGUUUUUAUUGGAAGAAGCCUUUUCUUUUGUGUUGCCUUGUUUUUAUAGAAGUAGGAAUUUGAAUCAUAUGUUAAACGUGUUGUUGCUCACGCCAAAAAAAAAAAGAAGAAAAAAUAUGUCAAGUGUGCAAUAAAGAACCAUGUUUUCAAGCUUC